UUGAGGAGAUGAUCCUCCAAUAGGUGUCGCACCGAGUGAGCUUCAUCUUGAGCUUCAAGUAUCCAUGGGAACCACGUGAGCUUGAUUGUUCGGGAUUUGUCGAUCGACCUCAUAUAAUGAGAUACAGUGCUGUUCCUUGCCAAAGCAGUGCACAUCGGAGAUCUGAUUUCCGAAACACCAUGCCUGAAGAAACUGUCUCCGUUAAACCGAUUCUGGAGAGAUGUCGACACAAGGUUUCGGUCCAGCAAUGAAACCAGCAGAAAGUAGUCCACUGAUCUCCACUUGGACUGUACCUCGGUUGGUUAAUUUGACCAGUAACCUCAACAUUGAUGCCCACAAUAGUACUUUCAGCGAUAUUAGGAAGGAACUACAAACCAUCGCGCUGAUUCUUACGUUUAUUUUAAGUGUUAUCAGUAAUGGGAUUGUUUUUGUACUGUUCUACAAAAAACCUCUACUCCGAUCGUUCUCAAACCGUUUCGUCCUAAACCUGUCUUUAACGCAUUUGCUACAAACACUAUUGAUUCUGCCCGGUUUCCUGUUAGGUGGUGUGCUUGGAGUGUGGACAUUAGGCGACACCUGGUGUCACAUUAGUGGAAUAGUCUCAACAUGCCUUAACUUAGAAACGUCAUUUUCUUUAGUAUUAAUCGCCGUAGACAGGAAUUAUGCAGUUAAUAGCCCUCUACAUUAUUCGAUGACAAUAACAAAAAGAAAAACAGGCGCUUUUAUAGCGGUCACGUGGAUUGUUGCAUCUCUCUUGUGUACGCCUCUGAUCUUUGGAGUUCCACAAAUUCAGUUUCGAAUAAACUGGUGCGCAUGCGCUCCUCUUUGGGGUCAAAGAGACCUCUACACGUACGUCUACUCGGGGCUUAUUGUGAUGGCCGGCCUAGUGAUGCCGCUGGUCAAACUGAGCUCGACCUAUUGCUCCAUGUUUCUCGCUGCUAGAACUAGCAGUGUCCGUGUACGUCAACACAAUGUCAACACGCCCUCUGUGACAGAAGUCCAGUUCUUCGCGCCUCAAGAAACUUGCACGAUUCACCAAUUGAAAAAGAAGUCGUAUCGUAGAGCGUCUAGCUCCAGCCAAUUCUUCUUCUUCGGAGACGAGUGGAAGGCAGUGAGAACCGGUGUUAUUGUUAUUUUUUCUUUCAUCAUUUGUUGGGGGCCAUAUUUUGCAGUUAUUGGAAUAGAGCCCUACAUACAGUUUAAGAAAUGGCCGCCAGAGUACAUCGUGCCCGUGUCGAUAUUUUUGUCGUUCAGUUCUUGUGUCGUUAACCCUUACAUCUACGUGUUCCGAAAUAAGACCACCAGGAAUCACGCCAAACGACUUUUCCAGCACGUAAGUCGAGAUGUGGAGCCGCGGUUAUCGACGUUUAAACAAGCGGAAGUUAACUCGUCCUUGAUUCCUCACCUUCCACCAGUCCAGAUGGAGGACGACCUUUCAUCUCAGCCACAAGAGGCAAUCGGUUCAGCUUAACACACGGCGUUUUUCAGAGAGAA